AUGCUUGUUCCAGCCGCAUGGUCUCCUCCCAAGCAGAAGGUCCUCCUCGGACCGGAUCGUGGCUUCAGAUACUGGGACCAAAAUGCAGGCCGCAGCCCAGCUUCUCCGAUGGAGCCUCUCGUUCAGGACAUCCUCCACACGCAAGAAGACUUCGACUUCAGUGACUUUGAUUUGAUCACGGAUCGUUGGGCGUUGAGUCAGCUCCUACGUCUGUACGGCCGCUUUAGUGGGGAAGUCGACGACUUCGCCUUUCUCGCACAAGUCACCGGCAAGACCCUCAUCUUCAUCCGCUACCGUCUCACUUUCGAACGAGCCUACCUCGAGUGGCGUGCGGACUGUGCUUCAAGCGUAGCUCACUACGGCAUUGUCGCAUACAGCUUGGGUGCGCUCCGCAUCCUGCUCCGACACAAAGUCAACGGAUAUCUGCCCGAAGUCGCUCCGGAAACCCUGGUCGAAACGCCUGGUGUCUCUAAUGUCACCGUCAAAAGCCCACAAGAAAAUGAUAGCCACGUCAAAAUCGUGACGGCAGGCUGUUGCGUCCCGCUGUCAGCACAAUUGGACAUCGUAACAGGACCAGUAGCCAAAGAUCUCGGCAAGUACUUCGAGACCAAUCCCAAGGAGCUGUGGUUGUCGCAAACACCUAACAGCAUGCGCGCUCCCCUAACCUACGUCUAUCGCAAUAAGCUUUCGAAAAUGCGAGCUUUUGUCGCCACAAGGGACAUCGAUACCCGUGAUGCAAAGGCCGACGUUGCCGUGUGGGUUGACCGAAAUCAGGAGGGUUUGCAAGCUUUCCGGAACGGGCUGUCAAGUCUACUUGAGCAGCUUCGCGCACAGAAUGAGGCCCCCUGGACCACUGUGUUCAUCAUUGAGUACAAGAAGGGCGAAGAAGACGUCACCAUCACCCCGGCAACAGCUGACGGCCUGCCAGUUCUGUCGCAGGAAUCCUGCCAACGGUUGAGGCAGAAACCGUGA